CCCAUUUCCUCCGCGCCGCCCGGAUCUAGUUCGGGCAAGAGAAAGGCAGAUUCCCACCGGGAUAAUCGGAAGGGAAAGCGAAAGGGUCCAGACCGGCGCAAUCAUCCCUCUUCUGGCAACCGAACCUGCAAGAAAUGUGGCAAGUACCAUAGUGGCGAGUGCUUAGCCGACCAGCAAACCU